ACUCACUGCUGUCGGAGUGAUACUCACCCAAUCUCAAGGCUUUGCCAUUUACAUCCAAGCAUGAAUAAACAACAUAAGAACCUCAGCUACUGUAAGCAUUUACUUUACACUGCAUAAGGAUUUCUUAACAGAUAAAGGAAAAAAGGUUUCUUCUCGGGAAAAUAAGUGAACAAAAUUAAUUGCCAGCUGUCUACUGUAAACAAACAGAAAAUAGCAGCACAAACCAUUAAAGGCUAGUUGGACCAAAGAUACUUGUUGGGAUUGUUUACUUUUGGGCAAUAAUGGAUUCUUAAGAAUUUCAAAUCCAAUCGAGAGCAUUGUACAAACUGUUUACAUUCAACUAAUGGCCUAUUUGCUUUAUAAACAGGAGGCUAUACUUAACUGGGUGAGCUGGGAAAAUAUUUUUUCCCCCUAAUGUAUUCCCAGGGAUUCAAUAUUUUCUUAGCCAUAGUUUUAUUCCCUCUCCAUUGUCCCAUUUCACAGACAGUCACUCACAUAAGCAGCCAGUUGUGACAUACCAGCUUGAAUUAGCAGCCCCUGUUGCCAUGACGCUCUCUUAACCCUAAAAUAGAGAUAGAGAGGGACACUCAAAGCAACAACAACUAGCAGCUGCAUUAUACAUAUAGGCACUGACUGGACCACAUAAAAAGAAGAGCGAAGCCUGAGCGAGACAGAUGCAGUGAAAACCUUGAAGAAAGACACGUCGUGAAUACAGGAAAGACGGUCUUUACAGGGUCAAGAGGUUCAAGCAACACUUGAGUGUUCUCUGGGACACAACAGAGAGUGGCAGACACAUGAGAAAAGUGCAGCCUCAAGUUAGAAGCAAGUCUACAAGAGGCAGAAGCAUAUAUAUGAAAGCUGAAAUACCUGACUCAACAGGCACAGACUGAAAGAACCAGACAUGGCCAAAAUCUCAGGAGAAGAAAUGCCACGGCUAUUCCCCAAAAUUUCAAUGUGUGAUGUGGAUGAGAGGGUCCGACUGAUGGCAGAGAAGGUGUAUGCCUCUGCCCUGAAAGAGGAAGACAAUAAGGAUGCUAUGGCAAUGUUUACCGUGCCCGAAGACUGUCCCAUCGGACUGCAUGAGGACAGGGAGAGGGCCCUGAAGAAGGAGCUGGCAGAGCAGCAGUCCCAGGAGUCUACCAAGAGGAAGAAGAAUUUCAUGUUGAAGCGCUCGCAGUCGGUAUGUUUGCAGAUACCUGUCCCUGGGGACUGGGCCAUGUCUAUGGUGUCUACAAUGUUCUCCCAAAACACAACUGACUCUUCUCUACCAAAAGGCUUUCCAGAUUUCCAGAGAGUAACCAUCAGUGGAGAUUACUGUGCGGGGAUCACAGUUGAAGAUUAUGAGCAGGCAGCCCAAAGUCUCCUUGGGGCGAUGUUCAUCAGAGAAAAAUACUCCAGGUUGGCCUACCAUCGCUUCCCUAAGACCAUCGCACAGUUUCUCCGUAGUGCAAAGAAUGAGACAUGGCAGGAGGAGAAUGAAAUCUUGCCAGACAUCUGGCCCUGUCCUCGUGAAGGGGAGGACCCUUACUCCAUGGAGGGUAUUCCAGAGAACCUGAACUACGAGCUGCAGAUGAAGGAUGGCAUAGUUCAUGUUUACGACAACGCUGAGGCCCUGAAACAACAGCAGCCCCACAGCCUACCUUACCCUGACCUUGAGACCUUUGCCAUAGACCUAAGCCAUGUCCUUGCAAUGAUAGCUGACGGCCCAACUAAGACCUACUGUCACAGGCGGCUGAACUUCUUGGCCUCUAAAUUCUACCUUCAUGAGAUGAUGAAUGAAAUGGCAGAGUUAAAGGAGCUGAAAUUAGUUCCACACAGAGACUUCUACAACGUCAGAAAGGUGGACACACACAUUCACGCUGCAGCAUGCAUGAACCAGAAGCAUCUGCUGAAAUUCAUAAAAACCACUUACCAGACAGAGGCUGAUCGCGUGAUCUCGGAGAAGGGCGGUAAGAAGCUCACGCUCAAAGAGGUCUUCGACAACCUUCACAUGGACCCCUAUGACCUCACCGUGGACUCUCUGGAUGUGCAUGCUGGAAGACAAACAUUUCAUCGGUUUGACAAGUUUAACUCCAAAUACAAUCCCGUGGGAGCCAGUGAGCUGCGAGAGAUCUACUUGAAAACCGACAACUACAUCAAAGGAGAAUUCUUUGCACGUCUCGUGAAGGAAGUUUCCAAAGACCUGGAGGAGAGUAAGUACCAGCAUGCUGAGCCACGUCUGUCCAUUUAUGGCCGCUCUGCCAGCGAGUGGGAGAGCCUAGCAACUUGGUUCAUCCAGCACAAGGUCCACUCACCCAACAUGAGAUGGAUGAUCCAAGUUCCAAGGAUCUAUGACAUUUUCAAGUCAAAGAAAUUAGUGCCAAACUUUGCAAAGAUGCUGGAGAACGUCUUCCUCCCACUCUUCGAGGCUACAAUCAACCCACAAAAGCACAAAGCAAUACAUGUUUUCCUGAAAUAUGUAACAGGGUUUGACAGUGUGGAUGAUGAGUCCAAACACAGCGACCACAUUUUCUCUUACAAAAGCCCAAAGCCAGAAGGUUGGACAACAGAUGACAACCCUCCAUACACCUACUACCUGUUCUACAUGUAUGCCAACAUCAUGGUGCUCAACAACCUGCGCAAGGAGCGAGGACUAAACACGUUCCAAUUUCGCCCACACUGUGGGGAGGCUGGCUCCAUCACCCACCUGGUCUCUGCCUUCCUAACAGCUGACAACAUCUCCCAUGGACUCAACCUCAAAAAGAGUCCAGUGCUGCAGUACCUGUACUACCUUGCCCAGGUCCCUAUCGCCAUGUCCCCACUGAGCAACAACAGCCUGUUCCUGGAGUACUCCAAGAACCCUCUACGAGAGUUUCUACAGAAGGGCCUUUGUGUGUCCCUGUCAACUGAUGACCCCAUGCAGUUCCACUACACCAAGGAGGCCUUGAUGGAGGAGUACGCUAUUGCUGCCCAGCUGUGGAAGUUGAGCACCUGUGACUUGUGUGAGAUAGCCAGAAACAGUGUACUGCAGAGCGGACUUUCACAUCAGGAGAAGAAACACUUCAUUGGAUCCAACUACCUACAAGGUGGACCGGAAGGCAACGACAUUCGACGGACGAACGUGGCACAAAUCCGCAUGGCAUACCGGCAUGAGACACUGUGCAACGAGCUCAGUUUUCUAGUGGAUGCAGUAAAGGCGGAUGUUGGAACCAGUCCAACUGAAUGAUUGACCAAGGCAGCUCAAACUGUGCCCUAUGAUGUUCUAUGAUGAAGGUGCAAAUGGAUUGUACAAAAAUGACACCCAGAUGGGAAGAAACGUUUACUCCCUUGGUGCAGAAAUCGGUUAUGGGCUACUUAAUGUGGAUAGAUCAAUACUUGAUUUUUAAACUGUGUUCAAUGCUGUCUCUUUAAAAUGUUCAAAUCACUGUGUGCCUCAUUUAACUGAGCUUUUGAUUGAUUCGUUUUUGUAGGAUGUUAAGUUAAGGUUGGCACUGCUUGUUGAACUUUUUCUGUCACUUGGACAGAUACAUGCUACAGAGGCAUUCUAUCUUGAAUGUAGGUCUAAAACUAGUAGUUCAUAGAGAUGCACCGAUUGGAAUUUCUUUGCGAUUUUUACCUGGGCUGACCAGGUACUGAUUUUCUUUUUUUAAAGGACUAUAAUUAACAGCGAAACAAAAAGAUUUUUGUAACUUUUUUGUAAUUAAAUCUUACAUUUAUGUGCAUAAUAAAA